AUGGCUUCUCCUUCAUUCGGCAUUUAGCAAUAACAGCAACUCUUAAAUUAAAUGUCUCCUAGUCCACUUGGUACAAUCACCAGUAAUAGUGCAUUGUCUCACAUAAGUGGUGUCAGUUAGGGAUCCACCAACAACAGCUCUUCAGCUGGAAACCCUUACUUACAGCAAUAGAUUUAAAUGAUGAGAACCUAAUAGCAGCAAUAACCCUAAAUGCAAAGUGCUGCAUUGAAUUAAAAUAGCCUCCAAUAAAUGAAUAAGUUUGGUCAAGGAUUGGCUUAGUAAAAUAAUAUGUUCCAAAUUAAUUAACAGGCACCUUAGCAGCAAUUCCAAGGUGGGUUUAACAACGCAAAUCCUAAUUAAUAUUCAGACUAAUUUGAUCGACAAUCUCAUUCAUCAUUCCUAUAGAGUUAGAACAACACACCUAAUAAUCUAACUAAUAGUAUGGCAUCAUCUAGCAUGGGUUAGUCAAUGACUGGAUUCAAUUAGCAAUCAAUGAGUGCAAUGACUGGGAAUCAAAAUUUCAAAGUAGUAAUAAGAAUCAGACCACCACUUCCAAGAGAGCAAAAUGAGAAUCUUGAGUUCUUACCAAUUACCUAAAUAUCUUCAGACAAUAAAUCAUGUUCUAUCCAAGAAUACUUGGGAGCAGAGGUUACAGAACAUGGAAGACAAAGAGAUAUAGCUGAGAAUCCCCACAUUAUCACAAGACAUCAAUUUGCAUUUGAUUAUGUAUAUGGUCCAGAUUCAACUUAAUCUCAUGUCUAUGAAAACACAGCUAGACCAGCUGUACUAUCUGUAUUAGAGGGAUAUAAUGCUACUAUAUUAGCCUAUGGUCAGACUGGAACUGGUAAAACCUAUACGAUGGAAGGAUUUAAAUGCCAUUAGAAUGAUCCUCAAAGAGGUAUAAUCCCAAGAGCAAUGGAAGAAAUAUUUAGAUAUAUCCAGAAUGGUGCAAAUAUGCAUAGCACAUUUAUGGUCAGAGCUAGUUAUCUCUAAAUAUAUAAUGAGAAUAUAAGUGAUCUUUUGAAAACUGAGAGAUCAAGUCUGCAAAUUAGAGAAGAUAAAAAGCGUGGAGUAUUUGUAGAAGGAUUAUCAGAAUGGGCUGUAAGAACUCCUCAUGAAAUUUAUAGCUUGAUGCAAAGAGGAGCUAUGGUAAGAACCACUGCAGCAACAAAGAUGAACGAUGUUUCCUCUAGGUCACAUGCAGUUUUCAUAAUGAUUGUUGAGUAGAUGACAAUGAAUUAGGAAAAUAAUGACGUAUCAAAGCAAAUAAAAGUUGGAAAACUCAACUUAGUCGACUUAGCUGGUAGCGAAAGAGUCAGAGUAACUGGUGCAACUGGAAUUAGACUCGAGGAAUGCAAGAGAAUCAAUCAAUCACUCUCAGCAUUGGGUAAUGUAAUUGCAGCACUUACAGAUAUGAAAGCAAGAAAUCACAUUCCAUACAGAGACUCUAAACUAACCAGACUAUUGGAGGAUUCCCUAGGAGGAAACUGUAAGACUACUAUGAUGGCUAUGGUCUCUCCAGCUUUCGAUUCAUUCAGCGAAAGUCUUUCUACUCUUAAAUUUGCUACUAGAGCCAAGAAAAUUAAGAAUGAAGCCAAAAUCAAUGAGGAUGUAGAUCAAAGAGCCUUGCUUAGAAAAUACGAAAAUGAAUUGAAGAAGUUAAGAGAAGAGCUUGAAUAAAGAAGCUAGAAUGUUUUCGAUAAAGAAAGUGUCCUCAGACUAGAACAGCAAAAGAGAAGAGCAGAGGAAGAUAAAAUUGCAGCUAUUACUGCAUUAGAAAGUAGAUCUAGAGAGUAUAUGAUAGAAAAAGAGGAAAAAAAGAAGCUCGAAGAAAAGAUCAAAAUGCUUAACUCCUAACUUCUGAUUGGAGGAAAAAAAAUCGAGGAUACUCCAUAAUUUAAAAGUGCGCUUGAGGAGAAAUAAAGAUUGAUAAGACAAGAAUAUGAAAGUAAACUCAGUGAGUUAGAACGAGAAAGACAACAAAUAGAAGAAGAUAAGGCUUAGGUUGACAGGUACAAAUAACUUCUUCUGAAGCAAAGAGAUAUAAUGAUAGCUCUCACAGCUAGACUGAAUGAGAGAGAUGAAACGAUCAUAUAGCUAUAAGAAGAACUAGAUGCUUAUGAAAGAAUUCACAGAGAGACUGAGACUGUUGUGGAAAAGAAGCAAGAUAGAAUUAUGCAGCUAGAGGCAGUGAUGCAAUAGAAAGGAGUUGAGAUACCGUUCGAUGAAGAUGGGGCUGACAAGCCUCUAUAAAUGAACAGCUAGUUCGAGUCGUCUCAAAAUGGAAAUAGCAAUGAUUAGGCCAGAAAGUAUCUUCCUUUUGAGCAAUAUCAUCUAGGUGACGAGGAGAAAGAUGAUGUACCCUUAUAGCUUUUAACAGCAGAUGAAAAAGUAGAUGAAUUAACAGGGCUAAUCGAUCACAAAGAUACUGAAAUCUAAGCUCUCCAAACGCAACUUUAGUCUGCAGUAAGACCCGAAUAACUGAAGGAGAAAAUCGAACAUAUUGUUUAGAAAGAAGUAGAGGAAAGAGUUAGGAACAUCUAAAUGGCUAUGCAACAUUAAAUGAAUUCUGGUGGUGAUUCGGGAAGUUCACUAGGCGCUUUAGCCAAUAAUAGUUAAAUUCAGCAAUUGCAGUAUAUGGAAAAGAAGCUUAAGAUUUCUGAAGAGAAGAACGACGCCUUGAAAAAUCUACUGACUAGUAAAGACGAUGAAAUAGAGAGAGUUUUGCAAUAGAAAGUUGCCUUGACGAAUCUUUUUGAAAAUGAUUUGCUUUAAAUGACGGAUAAGCUGAUAGGCAAUGUUAGAACUGUAAGAUCUUAAGACGAACUGUCUUAAAUGUCAAAUGAUCUGCAAAAUCUUCAAAAACUUAUAGCUGUCAGCUUCCAAGCUUUAAAGGGAAGUAUGAUGACUAAAUAAUAGUAGCAGUAGUAACAUCAGCAAAAUCAGAGUAGUACCAGCAACAUGCCUCUUUAAAAAUCAUAGAAUAAUUCACUACAAUCAUCUUAAAGGAAAUACGAGAAAGAAAACAAUGAAAAGGGUCUAAUGCAGCAAUAAUAAUAGCAAUAGUAGCAAAAUGUGAUUCAUUCCGAUGGAAAUCAAAAAAUUCCACAAGCUAUCGAUCAAAUGCUUCAUUAAAGAUAUCUGAUAUAGUAAUAGCAGCAAUAGUAAUAGUAAAUGAUAAACAGAGCUAACAGGGAAUGA